CUGAGCAGAGACGCCGGUCUGGCUGAGCGAAGCUGCUGGCGAGGAGGCAGGAAAGCCAAGUUUACCUGCUUUGAAAUAGAGAAUUGGACUGGCUAACAGCAUGGAUGAGGAUGAAGCUCAGAAGAGGAAUUCUGAAGGCAACUGGGAGAAGUGCAACAGUUUGAUUACUGGCACACCUGAAGCAGCUGUUUUCCCCCAUUUACAUCAAAGAAUCUAUAUAGAUGAGUUCGAAUCUCCUCCCAGCGAGAACUGCAAACACGACCUUUUCCCUAAAUGGCAUGUGCCAGUGAAGACAGCACUGAUACUAUCUUUGUUGACCUUUAUCUAUACUUUUCUAAGGGAAGUCAUCCAUCCUCUUGUAACUGCUCAAGAAAAUGUCUUUUAUAAAAUUCCAGUCCUGGUUAUAAACAAAGUCUUACCAGUUGUCUCAAUCACCCUUUUGGCUUUAGUUUAUUUGCCAGGGAUAUUGGCUGCAGGUUUUCAGCUCUAUUAUGGAACCAAGUACAGACGCUUUCCACAGUGGUUGGAUAGGUGGAUGAGAUCAAGAAAACAGUUUGGGCUUCUUGGGUUCUUUUUUGCCUCAAUGCAUGCGUGCUACAGUUUGUGCUAUCCAAUGAGGAGAUCUUACCGAUACAAGCUUUUGAACUGGGCAUAUCAACAGGUAAAGCAAAAAAAGGAAAAUGCCUGGAUUGAGCAUGACGUUUGGAGAAUGGAGAUUUAUGUGUCUCUAGGAAUUCUGGGACUCGCUGUACUGGCUAUAUUGGCCAUAACAUCAAUUCCAUCAGUCAGUCAGUCACUGACUUGGAGAGAGUUUCAUUAUAUUCAGAGCAAGAUGGGACACUUAGCUCUCCUGCUGUGUACAAUUCAUGCACUAGUAUUUGCAUGGAAUAAGUGGAUCGACAUAGGACAGUUUUUAUGGUAUACUCCUCCUACGUUUAUGAUAGCGGUUCUUCUUCCAAUAAUGGUUUUGGCUUGCAAAAGUAUCCUCCUUUUCCCAUGCCUUAGGAAGAGACUGCAGAAGAUCAGAGCUGGCUGGGAUGCUAACACGGUGUCACACAGGGCACUGAUGACUUCCGGUUUAUAGAUGAACUCUGUUUGUAUUUUGAUGCCAACCAUUUCAGUCCCUAAGUAUGUUGAGAUCAUACCCAAGGCUGUCCUCCUAUCCAUAAAUUAUAUGGAGUUUAUUCCAUUAGCCAGGAGUUUAUGUCCAAAUCUGUGUGCUUAGUGUCCCACUGCAUAGGUGAAAAGUAAGUAUCGCUCUGCUCCUAAUUAAGUAAUUUUGUUUUUCAAUUCAUUGCUAUUUUAAGACAUUCUCUCAGGUUAGCAGUUUACUUGAGCAAAUGUUUGGAGUGGAACAGACAUUGAUUUGUGAAAUCUCCUCUAUCUCAUGUGAAUUUCUUCUCAAAAUUCCAAAUGUUGAUUUUUUUAAAGUUCUAAAAGAAAAACUGUGAUAAUAGGCAUAUUAUUGCUUCACAACCUUAUAUUAGUAAGAUCUAAAAAUAUGUAAUACAGCAAGUUAAGAGACACCUCUACCAUGGCUUUAAGACACAGGUUAAGAGGUGCUCUGCCUGGAUCAGUUUGGUCAUUCAUUUCAAUGGCAGAAGCAGACCCAGGUGUGCCAGGUUUUUUGCAUACCCAAGAUCAUCUCUCUGUAGACAAUGGGGAAUUUUUGUCCAUGCAAGAGAUCCCUGUGCUGAUGUGAGCACACCCAAAGCUGUUCGAACAGCACAGAAGUUUUUUCUGCAGUAAACAGACAUCUACCUGAUGAAGAAACAAAGUGCCUUGCUGGAUCAGAUUCGGUCCAUGUAAUCUAGCAUUUUGUUUUCAAUAGUAAUGUGCCAGAUCCCUCUGAGCACUGACAAGCAAAACACAAAAGGGGUAGCCACUUUCUUUUUUCCUCAGCAACCAGUAUUCAGAAUAUACUGCCUCAGUAUACAGAGAUAGUAUUUAGCCAACAUAACAAAUAGCUGUUGAAAAAGAACCCUUCCACACACAAAGCCAUCUAAGCUGGUGGCCAUCACAGUAUUAUGUGCUGGUGAAUUCCAUAAUAUUACAUGUUCUGUAAAGUAUUUCCUUUGUCAGUCCUGAACCUUCUGCCGAUCAACUUAAUUAGGUGACUCCACAUUGUGAAAUUGUACAGGAUAGCAAUGGGAGAGCUGAUUAAUCCUGUCAAUUGAUGUAUCCCUAUUAGUCCAACCUAUAUCAAAUAUUGCAGAAAAACUUUGAGCAGGAAUUAGUUUGACAUAUUUUGUUAUGUUUUGAGAGAUGGCAUUCUUCCUCAGUAGGACAGAAGACUGAAUAAACAAUUUAUAUUUGGGUUUGGGGGAAUAUCCUCAGUUUUCUUUUCCAAACCUGAUUUAUACUUCAUAAAUGUAUGUUUAUAAAGAAUUAUAGUUACACAUUUACUACUGUAAAUAAGAAUUGAAAUACAGCUUUAUACUUGUAGAAAGCACUUGCUAACACUUGCUGUAUUUAAAAUUAAACACCUUUUUGCAUUUUUCAA